UAACGCUUCAUGGAGUGGUGCAAUUAAACCAUUAAAGUCAUCCUGGUUGGAUCAGCUGACAAACGCGGACGUAGCUCAGUGAUUGAACUAUUAAAGUUGCCAACUUGGUCAAAGUGAAAGCGGUUUGUUUCAGUGUAAAGGAGGGCUUUUAAGUGUUUUAAUGAAGUUCGACUUGUCUCCAAUCGGGAGGCGAAGACCCGCACGGGGAGUCUCUGCAAAGACACCUUCAAAGAAACACAACGAUUUUAACUACCUGCCGGAUGCAUUGCCUCCUCUUCCUGAAGUCCCGGACUCCGGCUCUGUCCUGAGCUCCGUUGAUUUACCGGCUCGCUGCCUCCGCAAUCCGGCCUUCCUCCACGCCUCCUCCCGCUACUGCUCCGCCCUCAGCAUGGACUCGUCUCCGGACAGCGCAGAGAGACCCGUCAGCUACAGCUCCACGUCUUCCUCCGCUUCCUCCAGGGACAGUCACUGCUCACUGGGUAGCCGCUCCACCCUGGUGCAGGCCCCUCACUGUAACCCAGUGACCUCAGACCAGGACUCUGGGGCGAUUCGGUUGGAACUGGUCCCAGCCCGGCAGCUGGGAUGCCAGGAGGAAGAUGACAGAAAUGAUACAGGGGUGGACAAAGGGAAGGGACAAGGGAGACAGAGCAGUGCACAGACUCCAACAGAACAUUCAGAGCCUGAACUCGGCCCGGAUGGAGGAGAGCGGACAGGGCAAGGGCAGGGACCUAGGACGUAUGUAGACAGGGUGGUGCAGGAGAUACUGGACACCGAGAGAACCUACGUCCAGGACCUGUGCAGCAUCGUCGAGGACUACAUGGAGUCUAUCAGUAACCAGUCCCGUCUGGCUUUGAGCUCUGAGGAUAAAGGCUCUCUGUUCGGCAACAUCCAGGACAUCUACCACUUCAACAGGGACCUUCUUCAUGAUCUUGAGAAGUGCAACGCUGACCCUGUGGCCAUUGCUGAGUGCUUUGUAUCAAAGAGUGAAGAAUUCCACAUCUACACUCAGUACUGCACCAACUACCCACGGUCGGUGGCUGUGCUGACAGAAUGCAUGAGGAACAAGGUGUUGGCCAAGUUUUUCCGCGAGCGCCAGGAAUCUCUGCGGCACUCCUUGCCCCUGGGCUCCUACCUGCUCAAGCCAGUGCAGAGGAUCCUCAAGUACCACCUACUGCUGCACGAGAUAGCCAACCACAUGGAGAAGGACACAGAGACGUACGAGGUUGUGCAGGAAGCCAUCGAAACCAUGCAGAGAGUGGCCUGGCACAUCAACGACAUGAAGAGGAAACACGAGCAUGCUGUUCGGCUGCAGGAGAUCCAGAGCUUGUUGACCAACUGGAAGGGCCCUGAUCUGAUUGGCUACGGAGAGCUGGUCCUCGAAGGAACGUUUCGUUUACAGCGAGCCAAAAACGAGAGAACUCUUUUCCUGUUUGACAAGCUCCUGCUCAUCACCAAGAAACGAGAAGAAACUUACACGUACAAGGCUCACAUACUGUGCUGUAACCUGAUGCUGGUGGAGGUUAUUCCCAAAGAACCACUCAGUUUCAGUGUGUUUCACUACAAAAACCCCAAACUUCAGCACACAGUCCAGGCUAAAUCCCAGCAAGACAAGCGCAUGUGGAUCUUACACCUCAAGAGACUCAUACUUGAAAACCAUCCUGCUAAAAUCCCAGCCAAGGCAAAACAAGCAAUUCUAGAGAUGGAUGCAAUGCAUCAUCCCGGGUUUCAUUUCAGUCCUGACGGGGACAAGAAGGAUUCCCCUCAGACCAAAGAGGGUCCUACCCCUCGCAGAGGACGCAGAAAAGAACCUCUGUCCAAGCUGUUGAAAAAUGCCAAGCAAAAUGCCGCAAACACAGACGGCGAUAAGCGAACAAGUCUUGGUGCCACCCUGCUGUCACCAGUGUCCCAGCUGGCUUUGGGCACUAUAGGCCGCAGCCGUAGCCUCAUUAACCAAUCACAGGAGUCCCUGGACCCUGGGGAUCACUACGACCACAGCGACAGGGAGGAGGAGCAACAUCAGCGAGAUGCAGAUGAUGAAGAUGAUAGUGGCUUGGGAGGUGGGAAGAGGCUGCGGGUUCCUGGCAAAAGCAGCAGGAAGAGGCUCAACCCUCAGGCAUCUGUUGAUAGCAUAGAGCAGUGGAAAUCCUUCAACAUGAGCCCGUCAGACUUACAGAGAGCCAGAGAAUGCCUCGUACGAGAAGGAAGCCACCACCCGCCUCUUCUCCGAUCCCCUAACGUGACAGAGGAGCCUCCAGACUCCCCUGUUCCCGCUGUAGUAGUCACCGAAAGUGAUAACUCAGUGAGGAACAUCUGGGCCGACCACCGCGCUCGCAGGGCCAUGUUUCCCACCCGCCAACGAACCAUGCAGCCUGAUGACGAGGACGAAGACAUCUACCAGAUGUUCGUCCCCACAGAGCCAGGUGCACCAGAACCAGAGGUGACCACAGAGAGGUCAGAGGCCACGUCCUCACCCAAGACAGCUCGACCCUGCAGCUGGCACGUUGAACAGGUUCCAACUGUGCAAAUUGACCCUCCACCCAAUGGGGGCAGAGUCCUGCGGAGGGCGAGCAGCGCAGGGGAGAAGACUACAGAGGCUGCACAGAGUCCGGAUGAUGACCAAUCAGGGCACAGCAACCUGGAAGUGAUCCACACUGAAUCUUCAAGCAAUGACUUGUCAGGGUCCUCCUCAGCUGAGCAACUGACAAUAGACGAUAUUGAAAAUGUGUAUGAUAAUAUCAGCUAUGAGGACCUGAAGAGCAUGGGCCUUGUCAGAAGGGACCCUGAGGAGAGCCAGUCAGGGAAAGAGACUUCCACAGAUGCACAGGGAUCCCAGGGGAAGGCAGCAAGGGUACUAAAUGAACCAGAGGUUCCAGGGGUCGCAGAGCCUAAGAUUGAGCCUGACAGUUCCUCAGAUAGCAACCGGUCUUCAGCGCAGGAGGGGAGGCGGUUUGAGCUGAAAAUAGUAGAGGAGAAUAUCUAUGACACCAUCUGUUUCAGGGAGCCUCCAACGACAGAGGUCAAAGGAAAGAGUGAAGAAAACAAAGUAAAAGAAGAGAGGGAGAGUCUGCAGGCAUCUGAACACGACCUCACUGGAAGCCUUAAAGCUUCUGUGUCCGAGGAGAGCAUCCACUUUAGAGAGGAUCACAAACACGACAUCUCCCGGCCUGUCACAUGUUCCUCUGAGCCAGAUUACUCCUCCUCCUCCGCCUCUGAGACCUUCUCCCAACACCCCCAGAAAGGGGACAAGAUGUCGGAGCAGGUCGAUGAGAUCUGGAACGACCUUGAAAACUACAUCAAGAUCAAUGAGAAGAAGGCUGAUAGACUCCCUGCCGCCUUCCCUGUUGGUGCCAGUGAGUCCCCUAAGAAGGCUUCCUCAGUCAAAACCAGUCCUACAAAGACCCAAAGUCCUCCAACCAAGAGCCCUCCAGCACACCAACCCCCUAAACCCGCUGCUGUCACCUCCACACCAUCUUUCACCAUCCCAGUCAUCAACCUCCCUGAACAACUAACUGAAACCCCUGCAGCGGAAGAAAACCACAACCCACCUCCCACCUCACGCCCCCUCCCUGCCACCCCUGAGCCCCUCCCAGGCACGGGGAAGAACAUUCGGAAAAGACUGGCCCGCCUAAGCAGCGGUAGCUUCCGCCUUGAGGACGACGACCUGGUGGAGCUUCCUACUCGUAAGGACAUUCAUAGCUUAUUUCCAGGGGAGCUGGCAGGUCUAGACUCGCCCCUAGCGUCCUCAUCCCUCCUGUUGGGUGAGUCCGUGGACUUGGACCUGAUGGACAAAUCAAAGAGCCGGGUGUUCCUGAUGGCGCGGCAGUACAGCCAGAAGAUUAAGAAAGCCAACCAGCUGCUGCGCAUGAGGAGUAUGGACCCGGGGGACUCAUCUACCCGAGCCAGACAUGAGAAGAAGCAGAAAGACCUUGCAGCUAUUUUAGAGGAAAAGAAACAAGGGGGCGCUGCCAUAGGUGCGAGGAUAGCAGAGUACUCAACGCUCUACGACCAGGUCAUGUUCAGAGAUCCUUCUGGCAUAGCUGGUCCGUCCUCUGUUACUCCACAUCACUCCCACCCAGGGCUGCCGUACUCUCCAUCCAUGCCUGAGACCUCUCUGGAUGAGGACUGGCUCCACUCUACUUACAGCAACGGGGAGCUGGUCAGCUUCGUCUCCUCGUCCAGCGAGGGUGAAGAUGCUCGUGUGUCUUCUACCCCCCAACGCAGACUCACCUCCUCCUGCUCCAUCCCCUCUCUCAUGACAUUGCCUCCCUCUCCAACCACCCCGCCGUCCCAGAGAUGGAGUUCGUGCAUAUCGGCGCCAAGCGAAAAAGAGGAGCAUGUGUACAGCACCAUUAAGAGACAUCCUUCUUUUAAUGCUCCGUCUUCGCCCUCCUCCAAGUCUUCACCGUCUGGUCACUGUCAGUCAGUCGGCUCUCAGGGCAACCUGCAGCAAGAGAAGAACCAGUCUGGACUCAAAUGUAAUGGACCCACCGUGGACCGAUCCACAGACAGACUCCAUGGUCCGAGUCUUGGUCGUGUUGGUCGGCAGAGUAGCCUCCCAGAGCGCUCCACUCAAGGACUUUCAGACAUCACGUUACACGACGGUCAACAGGUGGUGGUCCUGAACCGGGCUUCUGCACUGAGCAUACUCAACGCCACCCAGAACUACUUGGUAAAUUUUAGGGACAACGAGGAAGACGAUGAUGACUAUGUAGAGAUCCGCUCUGAGGAUGAGAGCGAGCAAGAGCAGGGGAGGUUGGCGAGGCAAAGCAUCAGCUCGGCAGUCCUUUCCAAUCAAAACCGGAGUCUCGCCCACUCCCAGAGUCUGCCGAGCACACCGGUGCGCUCCUGCGACCCGCUGCGUUCUCUAAACCGAGAGCAGCUGGAGAAGUACCUGUGGAGCGAGCCGCAGCAGAGCCAACCCAAAAUUGUCCAGUCCCUGAGGGAGAAGUUUCAGUGUCUGAGCUCUAGCAGCUUUGCCUGAGUCUGUAUGAUAACUUCAAGCCAAAUCUGUAUAAACACACAGCAUAUAGAAACACAAGGGACACUUCUGCUUUGCCUUGAAUGCCCAUCUUUCAACAUCAUAGUCCACAGACAAUAAAUAAUAUCACACAAUGUAGAUCAGAAGUGAUGUCCUUGAAUGCAGACAUCAACCUCCUCUAACACCUGAGCACUCUGUUACAGGGCUUAAAAACAUGAUAGUUGUUUUAAUAAACAAAUUGCCACAUCAGUCUGCAUGUGAGCUGCCUUAGCACUUCCAGGUUCAAGUCGUCUUCUUGUGUAUGUUUCAAAGAGGGAAAAGUUAGCAAGACGAGGCAAAUUCAAAGUGGUCUCAGUGGUUUGUAAAGGCAUCACAGUGGCUGAAGGGGUUUUAAUUUUUAACGGAAUUCAAUUCUUUUACGCUUUUUGUGUGAGCCUCGAGCAGAAAAUUGGAGCCUUAGGGAUUGAUUCUGUAGGGGGACUGCACAGACAGUAGUUCAGGGGAUCUGUUCAUACUUUGUGGAACUUUUACUUACCUUGCAAGGAGCACCUCCUCAAGCUCCGUCUUUUAACUCGCUGUCAAGAUUAUUUAAACGGCAUUUUCAGCACUAGCUAAUCCUAACCUCUAACCCGGCUGUUAGCGGCUACAGUUUUAAAUGUGCUUACAUAAUCAAGCAGCUGUGAACAAGAAGCAUUUAAAGUCUGCGAUUCCUCCACACAGGCUAGAUUGUCACUUUACUCAGCUUUUGAUAGCAUUAAAUGUAACAAAGGAUACAACUGUAAACAAUAUACACAAGAUUCCAUAGGUUAAGUUGUAACUAGACUUUGACUUUUAAGUCUGUUUAAAGUUGUUGUAUUUCACUCGACCUGACAUCUCUGUAGGUUAUCAAGCUUUAAAAAUCAGGAGAAGAUGCUUAUAUGUAGAUAAUCUAUAAGCAACAGUAGGACUUCCCUUUUCUUUAGCAUCUGAGUGAACUGGUUAUGUUUUUAUGUCAUACUGUCAGGGGGCAUCCUUCAUCCAGAGUGAAAUAUGCAUCUCAACAGUGUUUGUUUUUAAAUCCUGCUCAUUUUAACAUGUGUUUUUAAGAGGGACCACGAAGGACAGGAACAAGGAUGGUUGGUUUAUAGCCUACAGUACUGUAUUUGUUGUAUAUGAUUUUUCUUCAAGUGGAUUGUCAACAGUUUUUUUUUUUUUGUUUACAUUAUCGGACACUGUCACACUACUGAUUCUGCAUCCACAGUCACUAAAAGGGUAUGAUUGUUUUCAGUCAUUUCAGUAUGGUUCACACUGCACAAACGUUCUCUCUUUUAUUGAUGCAUACCAAGAAUCGAGCACACACUUCUUAAACUUGUUUCAAAAGUCACUACGGUUGUUAUUUAUUUGAACAUCUCAUUAUUUUGGCCAUAUUUGCUUUUGCUCAAAGCCACAAACAAUGUAAAAUAAAGUAAAAUGUAUUUAUUAAAAGAAGGGUUUGUUCAGUUUAAGGGGCAAAAAGAAAAAUUAGAAUCAAAUACUGUGAAUAUUUUCAGAAGUGGAUGGGUUUUUUUUUCACGCACUGCUUAUCACAAGUUUCAGGUCACCAUAACAAACAAAAGUUGGAAAAAAAAAGCACAAAACCACGGCCUACUGCUCGUACCAGGAAAUGUGCAUCAAACUUAAGAAAAGUAAGGAAUAUGAAGUAUGUUCUAUUUUCAUUGUUCAGUUUGUCCUCUGUUUCACUGGUGGGGAUCGUCAGUUUGGACCCUGUUUGCACUUUUCUGUCUUUUUUUAUUUUAAUUUUUUAUUUGUAAACACUUUGUAAAGAUGUACAUUUUAGGAAAGUUAUACUUGUAUGCCUUAGGUAUGCUUUAUAAUGCUUUAAUGUUUAAGUUAAGUGUACUGUAUUUUUUUAACUGCCUAGUUGUCAUUGCUCAACAAAACAAUGUACUGGAGGUAAUAAAUUCAGAUUAAACUCA